AGUGGUAUAAUCUGAUACUAUCUUAGCAACAAACGCUAGGUUUGACGUUAACCUGCAACACUUCAUAAGAGAUUUGACUGCAGGUAAUGCGCCGAGAUUACAAAGGACUUUUUUUCUUUAUGCGUGUCUCAAUUGACAAGGACACAAAGAAGUCGCAAUUCGAUUACUGCUUGUUUUCUUAGCUUACAAGUCUUUAAUUCGGGGAUUUGAACGUGCGGUAAUAGCAUUAGGGGGCAAGUUUGUUUAGUUAGUGUUUUGAAACUUUGAAAAUGGAGGGUUUCUUUGAGUCCAAUGAAGCCGAUGCUGGGGCUUGGUAACCGUCGCCUUCCCGUUGAUCUAGCCUCAUGUUUGAUCGCAGAAAAAUAAUGGCACAACAAAGCGAGCGGGUCUAAGCUAAUCAAUCGCUUUUGAGUCGUGAUUGUAUAGCGCGCAGUAAGGCCCCUGUGUACACUGCGUUAUCCAUAGGUUGACUUGUAGCGAGCCAGUGGCACAGUAAUCAACACACUCUCUGGGAUAUACAGCCAGCAGAGACAGCAUGGGAUAACCGUGCCAUCAAUGAACAGCCUCGCAUUGUAUUGAGGACUCUUGGAGCCAAAACGAUGGCGGAUUUUUUAUCGAACUUGCCACCCAUCGGACGGAGUCCGCGCUCUCACAGUGUUCCUAACACACCGCGACCGUCGGGGCAGGGACACGGGAUGAACGCCAGGAGUCCCAGGUACCACACCCCGAGUCCAUCCCCCAGGAUCUACGAGUCUCGACCCUCGAGCUCGGAGAGUUCGUCGUGUUUCUCAAGGCGACCAGCUGCGACGGCGUUUGGACACGGUAGCUACGAUUAUUGUAUCCUGCGAGCUCCCGUGAGGCCUGGCCGCCCAGCAUCUGCGUGGAGUCAGAAACUCCCUUCUCUAAAAACGAGGAAUAACGAAGAUGUUAUAUCCAGGUAUACUAAUCACUAUAGGAGUCAAAGCGCAGCGGAAUUGUACAGGACGUCAUCUGAAGAGUGCUUGAAGUGUAUGUUAAAGGUGCCACACAGCAAAUGUGUUGGACACAAGUAUAUUCGUGUCGGCGGCGGCUACAGACACAGUUACUGGUACUUGAAAAGUAUGUUGGACGAAAUUGAAGCCAGGCAAUUCGAAGAACUACUUCGUAGGCAGAGGCUUGAGGCAAUAGAAGAGAAAACCGUGAGAGCAAUCAAAACUUACAUCCGCACAAAAAGUGGCCGGUUAAUAGAACGAGUGAUCUUCAUGUCGGAGGAGGACUACCAGGCGUUCAAGGCUGGCGGUGGCGGAAAGGCGGCGGCCGACAUUCUCAAAAAGUACCUGACCAAAGAGGAAGCAGGCGGGCUGGAAAAGUGGGACAAAGACGAAGUGAAGGCUAUUAAAACUUUUAUACGAACCAAAAGUGGGAAACUUGUUGAACGCUUGGUAUAUGUCUCAAAGGAGGAUUAUGACAGAAUCAAACAAGGAGGCUCAGACGCCAGAGAUAUUCUUAAGAAGUACGUGACAACGAAACCAGGGGAGAAAAUUGACGGGUGGGGAGAGGCUGAGAUGAAGACCAUUAAAACAUACGUUAGAACAAAAAGCGGUAGGCUUAUUGAGAAAACGAUCAUGGUUUCUAAAGAGGAUUACGAAAAACUCCAGGAAAUCACCAGGAGAGGGGGCGACCCCGCCAGUGUUCUAGGAAAAUACAUGUCCGUUGGUGAAGGCGAGAAGAUCGAGUCCUGGCAAAAGCCAGAACCGAAGCCAAUGAAAGUGGUAAAAACUUACAUCCGCACUAAAAGCGGGAAGCUGGUGGAGAAGACCAUCUUGAUGACGGAAGAGGAGUACAGGCAGUUCCAGGAGAGCGGGGGUGACGUGAAUUUUCUGAAGAAAUUCAUUCCCCUGGCUAAAGGCGAGACGAUCGAGGACUGGGAGAAGGCGUCCACGGUGUAUGCCGCCUCCGAAGACGAUGAAGAAAUUCAAGCUGCCAAGCCUGGAACUAGGAUCAUUGGUAAAGACGGCGAAAUAUAUGAAAUUGUUGAAGAUCCAAUCACUGGAAAGAAGUUUAAAAAGAAAGUCGGCGGUGGUAAGGGAGGUGGCGCCGCAGGAGGAGACUCCGACAUUGACAGCGGGGUGGGCUCAAUGAAAGACCGCACCACGGGGAAGAGUACGAGCAUGGGACGCAAAACCUACGAGGACAUCACGGAAGAGGAAAUGUACAGUGCUCUGGAUCCCGUGGAGCGGGAAAAGCUCAGAAAGUAUAAGGCCAUGAAGGAAGGAAAACGUAACGACGACAGCAACAGCGAGUACAGCUACCGUAGCGUGGUCAGCGCCGGAGGAACGCGGCACGUGCGCAGGAAGAAGAAACUCGCGGAUGGAACGUACGCUGACAGCGAGUCCUAUCACAGUAGUCAGGAUGAAGACGGUAAGGAGCGGAGACGCAGGAGACGUCGAGACAGAAAGCACGGCGCUGGAAGUGCUCAUAGUUAUUACAGCGUCAUCAGCGAGGGCGGCACGCGGCACGUCAAGCGUAGGAAACGUAACGCUGACGGAACGCGAGGUGACUCUGAAUCGUACCACAGCAGUGAAAGCGAGUACAUGGCUCAUUUGGCGAGGAAAGGGAAGAAGAAAGCGGCUAAGACGAAGAAGAAGAAAGAGAAAAAGCGCCGAGAACAUGGAAGUGAUAGUGAAUACAGUUACUUUAGUGACGUGACGGAGGGAGGAACACACACCAGGAAACGCAAGAAGAGGAUACGUGACGCUCAGGGCAAUGUUAUAGGGCAUGCCGAGUCGGAGGCUUACACUAGUCCCAGCGAGACAGACAGUGAUGAGGAUUCCAGCGAUGCAUACACUUUUGAGUCCAUGUCGGACGGGAAGGGAGGAAGAAUUCGAGUCAAGAAACUAAAGCCGGAGUCGCAACGCAAAGGGAAAGGCGGCAAGGGAGGCAAAGGCGGCAAGGGGGAGAAGGGGGACAAAGAGGGUAGAAAUAAGAGAGGACCCGGAGGACACCGUGAAGUCAUCUCGCCGGAUUCUACGGCGUUCAGCGAUGCUUCCACGGACGAAGAGGAAGUUCAACGGAAACUGGCGAACAUGACCGAGGAGGAGAAGAAGGUAUAUCUUGCAGAACGUGCUAAGCGACAGAAGGAGAGAGAGCAAAGGAGAAGAGAAAAGUAUGGAGAUAAAUAUGAGGAGAUGGUUGCCAAAGCCGAAAGGAAUAAAAAGCGAGCUAAGGAGCGACUUGAGAAGGAGAAGUACCAGAGUAUGGUGGAUUACGGCAAAGGUGCGGGGCGGGGGCUCGGACCUGAUGGACAACCUCUUGACGGGCGGGAGCCUGGCAUGGGCCAUGAUGAUUGGGGUGGAAAAGGAAAAGGAAAGAAGGGCCGGAAGUACAAAGAUGGAAACGAGGCUGAUGAUGAAAGUGAUGAAGGUGACUAUGUUAUCGGCAGCGACGGGAAACUGCGGAAGAAAAAGAAAGGUGCGCACGGAGCAGACGAUGACUCGGGGAGUGAGGUGUCCGUAGAAAUUAUAAGAGACAAGGACGGCAAUAUCAUCAAGAGAAUCGUGAGAAAGAAAGGUGGAAAGGGUGGUAACGACGAAGAAUAUGACAUAGAAUAUGAAUACGAUGCCGAAGGAAAUCUGAUAGGCACAAAGAAAGUGAAGAAAGUACUGGGCAAAGAUGGUAAAUACUAUCGCAGGGGGGAGCCAGGAGCGCCGGAGACCGACGAAGAAUCUGAUGGUGACUAUUUUGAGGUGGAUGAACAUGGCAACGUCAAGUUAAAAGAGGGAAAGAAGAAGAUAGACAUCAGCAAACUGACCGACGAUGAUCUUCGGAAACUUGGUAUUGACCCCACCCUGUCCAAGAAAGAGAUCACAAGACUGCUCAAGGAAAAGUUCGGCGACCAUAUAAAGAUCACAGAAAAAGGCAAAACCAUUGGUAUCAAACCUGUAGACGCUUACGGAAGUGACGUGGACACAGACGAAUUGGCAGACGACAGCGAUUUAGACACUGAUACCCUACGGGGUACACGGCGAACCAAUGUGCUGAUGCGCAAAGGAGGGCAGAAAAUUUUGGACCACAUCAAAAAUGUCAUCAACUGGUCCAAGAUUACUGACCAAGACUACGCCAAAGAUUUAGACGAAAAAGAUUCCGGAAUAGAUUAUCUUCACCAUUAUCGCCUUGUGGAAACAAACAAAAUUGAAAUGUAUGCAAAAUCUUUCUGUGUGGAAGAUCAAGACUACGAUGCUGUGAUAAAUAAUAAUGAAGCCCGCCUAGGCUUAGACGGUAUCCCCACACUGCAGGCCAUAGAGCCCAAGCAGCUGGAGUACUGUCUACGGGUACUGAGGAUAGACGAAAAUACACAAGUCACUUUCAGGAUGUUUGCUGUGGUCACCGCGUUAUGUGAGAGAGUCACAAAGAUGGAUGACGUAAGCCGCCACCUGCUGGAGAUCUGCAACCUGGCUGACAUCGAGCGAAAGAUGGACCUGUACCGCGCCAUGUUUUAUACCAACGUCACUUCAGAUCGCGACCCGAACUUCAUCACGGCGGAGUCGCUGCGUAUUGAGUUGAUAGCGGGGGGGCUGAGCUGGGAACAGCAGGAAUACAUCAUGGACAGGCUUUGUCCGAAUAUAUUUGGGGAGAUCUCGUUCCUGGACUACAUCCUGUACAUCCCGCUCUUCCUGUCCAUGCACGACAACAUCUGCGACGACCCUCUGGACAUGUCCGACCAGAAAUAUAUGACGUUUAGGAAAAAGUCAGGCACGGGCCGCCAGAGAGACAUGAACCCGCUGGGGAACCCGCUGAAGAAAUCUUCUCCCUGGCUGAACCGAAGCAAGGCGAAGGACCUUCUGGAAGGAAAGAUGGACGUCAUUGAAGAAGUUAAGAAAGAAAAUUUGGACAUGCUUAGCAAGCGGGAUAAGUUGCCAAAUUUGCUGAGGAAUUAGACAAUCCCAGUGAAGGGAGAUGAAGCUCGCCACAUUCAGUGCCAACCAACGUGUACAUAAUCGACUGCAUUGCUACAGAUAUGGGACAGAAAAAUAUUAAAAUAUUUAUGUGCUUUUUUGAAUUGUACUGACAUCUCUGACUUGUCGUGAUGCGUUUUUGCUUUGAUCUCAUCUCAUCUGUGACAAUUAAUGCUGCCACAGAUACCAAUCUGUGAAUGAUCAGUUCGGUCAAUUUUUGUGAAAGUUUGACAUGAUUUUUAUUUUUUUUAACUCUUAAAGAACAUUCCAAUUCACCGGUGCCAAAGUAAUGUAAAUAUGUGUAGCUACACUAGUGAGCAGAGUGUUUAUUGUCGCCAACCGCUUCGGCUGGGGCAUUUGAUUAAAAUAUGUAUUGAUAUUUAGUAAUCUCAAAGGUGCUGAAACAUAAUACAUACAUACUUGUGAUGUUUUGCUAAUCAAAUUAGGCACCAUCGUAUCGAUGUGAAUGAUUUUUUUCUUAUGUAAAUAGUUUGUAACA